GGGCGGUAAACGCGCUGGAGGACGUCAGGCUCCAUCAGAAGAAGAAACCCGGAAGUGGGGAUCAGCGCCGCGCGGUGUGUCACAGAGCUGCUGUCGUUAAGCAUCCCGUUUUUGUGGUUUGGAGAAGAUGCUGAGUGAUGGUGAAGCUGCAGAGCUGCUGUCCUUCCUGACCCUUGGUACCCGCCCCGAUGUGAAGGCCAAGGCCACCGAGUACAUCCUGGGACUGUCUGCCAGCAGGGAAGGGUGCUGUUUCCUACGGUCCAAACCGGACUUGGUCAGCGCCCUCUUUGCGCUGACCUCUGACAUCUCUGUUGCUAUAGCGAAGGACUGCUACCACAUCAUCAUCAACCUGUCAGCUGAUGAGACUCUGCAUCAGGUUUUAGUGUCAGACGGUAAAGUUCUUCCGGUUCUAUUGAAGAAGCUUCUGGAUCCAGAUUACCUGUUCUCUGAUCAGAUCUGCACCAUCCUGUCUAACCUGACACGUCACGAGAGGACCUGCAAGACGGUAUUCAAGGCUUUGCAGGAGGAUGUUGGUUUGGCUAAACUGGUGGAUAUCUUCUGCACUGAAGGUUAUAAUGCGAAGGCUAACCUCCACUACCUGGGUCCUUUGCUAUCCAACUUGACCCAGCUGCCCGAGGCCAGACACACUUUAAUGGACAGGGACAGGUGCGUCUUCCAAAGGCUGCUGCCCUUCACGCAGUACCAGGCAUCAGUCAUCAGAAGGGGCGGAGUUGUAGGCACGCUGCGCAACUGCUGCUUUGACCACACUAAUCACCUGUGGCUGCUUAGUGAUGCUGUGGACAUUUUGCCCUUCCUUCUGCUGCCGCUGGCUGGUCCUGAGGAGCUGACGGAGGAGGAAAAUGAAGGUCUACCUGUGGACCUGCAGUAUCUCCCUGACGACAAGAAAAGAGAGGCAGACCCAGACAUCAGGAAGAUGCUUCUGGAAGCUCUGCUACUGCUGACAGCUACCAGAGCCGGACGGAAGGCGCUGAGGGACAAAAAGGUUUAUCCCAUAGCGAGGGAAUUCCAUCUCUGGGAGAAGGACGUCCAUGUGUCGGCUGCAUGUGAAAAGCUAGUCCAGGUGCUGAUAGGAGACGAGCCAGAGCCAGGAAUGGAAAAUCUAAUGGAGGUGGAGAUCCCUGAGGAUGUGGAGAAGAAACUUAAGGAGUUGGAUGCCCAAGAACAGGAAGAGCUGGAGAAAGAAGAGAAGAGGAGAUGUGAGGAAGAACGCUGAGGCAGAGAAACCAAAGAAGUCAGAGAGGACUGGUGCACCAAAGCAGCACAGAUGGUUUGACUUCCAUGUCUCAGCAGAAACACGGACUGCCUGCGCUAAAUGAUGAAGAUGAGCGUGUGAGUGCACAGCGUUUAUCUGAUCUUCUGCUCUCAGUGUUUGAGGAAGGCUCAGCUGUCAGCAGAGGCUCAGAGAGAAGAACCUCUGGCUCAAAGGAACACUUUCACGGUUUGGAACCAAUUUCCUGUCAUUCUUUACUUUCCUCCUGUUAACAGAAACAGUCGUGAUCAUUUCUAAGUUUUCAAACAACUGAAAAUAAAAAGAAACAUUACUCACAAUA